GUUUGAAGGAUUCCGAUCCGGAUCGGACAGCCGUGUAGGAGUGAACUGAGUCAUGACAUUUGUCACCUUUUAGCAGCAAAAACUGAAGUUCUCACCUCAUCAACUUUUUAUUUUAUUUUUUUUUAACCUCCUCCGGCUGUCACUGACUUUCAUGUCAGUUCGGAUUUCCGUGCAGGAAAAUGGAUUUAAACAUCAGAAAACGCACAGAAAUUUUACUCUUCGUUUGCACAGUUUUAAGUGUUUUUUAUGGGUGCAGUGGGGAAAUUGCAGAGAAACCGAGCGGCGUCACCAUCCUGCCCCCGAUCAAACCUGCUGAUGGCCCCCAGGCCUUCCCCGACGCACAGAAAGCCAAUUUACCCGUCUUCACUAUGAACUACCCACGCAUCCAAAUUCCCUUUGAGAUCACUCUCUGGGUGUUACUGGCUUCAUUUGCAAAGAUUGGGUUCCAUGUGUACGAAAGGAUCACCGUUUGGGUGCCGGAGUCGUGCCUUCUGAUCAGCAUUGGAUUAAUCGUGGGCGCCAUCAUGCACUCUGUCCACGAGGAACCUCCUGCUGUGCUCACAUCCAAUGUUUUCUUCCUCUACAUGCUGCCCCCCAUUGUCCUGGACUCGGGCUACUUCAUGCCCACCAGGCCUUUCUUUGAGAACGUUGGCACGGUGUUCUGGUUUGCAGUGGUGGGGACUCUGUGGAACAGCAUUGGCAUAGGCAUGUCUCUGUUCGCCAUAUGUCAGAUUGAAGCUUUCGGCGUGCAGGACAUCAGCCUCCAGGAGAACCUGCUGUUUGCCACCAUCAUCUCGGCCGUAGACCCGGUGGCCGUUCUGAGUGUGUUCGAGGACGUGUCAGUCAACGAGCAGCUCUAUAUCAUAGUGUUCGGGGAGUGUCUCUUCAACGAUGCCGUCACUGUGGUGCUGUACAACAUGUUCACCUUUGUGGCCGACAUGCCGGUGGUGGAGCCGGUGGACGUGUUCCUCGGAGUAGUUUGUUUCUUUGUGGUCGGUCUUGGCGGUAUGGGCUUUGGAAUUCUGUUUGGCUUUGUGGCCUCUUUUACCACAAGGUUCACCUCCAGAGUUCGGGAAAUCGAGCCGCUCUUCAUAUUCAUGUACAGCUACCUGGCCUACCUGGUGGCGGAGCUCUUCGCCAUCUCAUCCAUCAUGGCCAUUGUAACCUGUGCACUCACCAUGAAGUACUACGUGGAGGAGAACGUAUCCCAGCGGUCCUGCACGACCAUCCGCCAUGUGGUCAAGAUGCUCGGCUCCAUCUCGGAGACCCUCAUCUUCUUUUUCCUGGGGGUUGUGACCAUUACAACAGAGCACGAGUGGAACUGGGGCUACAUCCUUUUCACGCUGCUGUUUGCCUUUGUUUGGCGAGGUCUGGGUGUCCUGGUGCUGACUCAGAUCAUUAACCCUUUCCGCACAAUCCCAUUUAACUUCAAAGAUCAGUUUGGAUUGGCCUAUGGUGGUCUGAGAGGUGCCAUCUCCUUCGCGUUGGCCUUCACUCUGUCCGACAAUAUUGGCCGCAGGCAGCUCUUCAUCACCGCAACCAUUGCCAUCAUCAUCGUCACUGUGUUUAUCCAAGGCAUCAGUAUUCGACCUCUGAUUGAGCUAAUUAAUGUUCGCAGAACCAACCGUAAUCUGGACACCAUCAAUGUGGAGAUUCACUGCAGGCUGAUGGAGCACACCAUCGCUGGAAUCGAAGACCUGUGUGGACAGUGGAGCCACUAUUACUGGAAGGACAAGUUUAUGAAGUUUAACAAUCGGAUCCUGCGUAAGAUCCUGAUCCGUGAUAGCCGGGCUGAGUCCAGCAUUGUGGCACUCUACAAGAAACUGGAGCUACAGAAUGCUAUGGAGAUCUUGGGACACAGUGCUGGAGACAUCAGUGCUGCUCCGUCCAUCGUCUCUCUGUAUGAGGAGAAGAAAACGCCUACUAAAUCCAGGAAGAAGUUCAUGGCUGCUGACCUGAGGAACAUGCAUGACAUCCUGUCCAAGAACAUGUACAAGAUCAGGCAGCGGACGGUGGCAUUCACCAAUAAGCAUGCGCUGCCCAACGACAGGCAGACCAAAGAGAUACUGAUCAGACGUCACGCUAGUAUACGCCGCAGCCUGAGGCCGGGCAGCUUUCAGAUGGUGGUUCCCAAAUCCCAUAAGUACUUCUCUCUUCCUACUGGGAAGAGUUUGGACUCAAAGUUUCCUGCCGAGCGGCUCAGCUACACACGUGAUGAUGAAACCAUGUCAGAGUUGGCCUACCCUGCUCGGCGAUCCAGAUUUGGCCAAACUGGACGCCUUUCCUCCUGCAGGGCCAUGCCUAUGCACAGGCUGGACACGUUAAAGGAGGUGCCCUCUGCUGACGUGCUAAAUGACAGCAGAGCCAAAGGACAAACAAAGCAUGGCAUUUCCAGAAUCAACUCCUCCUCCAGUGAUUCUCGCCUUCCUGCUCGCCAACAGCACGUUGACCCAUCUGUAGAUGAUGGAAGCAGCUCAUCGUAUAACCUUGAAAACGGGCACCAUGAAGAAGACUUUGAUGAUCAGCCUUCACCUCCAGCCUGGGUUGCUGAACCCAGAGAGUGUGACAGUGGCGCAGCCGCGGCGCGCAACCCUCUGCUCAGAUGGCCUCAGUGGAACCCAAAGAUGUAAAAGGUUUGAGAUCUGAGCAGCAGCA